AGAAAGCAGAAGUGAUUUUAGCAUCGGAUAGCAAGUUGCACAUUCUCAACAAAGGGGAAGAGAAAGUAGGUUAGUGUAAGACAUUGGCCGAGGAGCGUCAUCCAACUUGGGGUGGGGGGGGAUUAGGUGAAGCAAAGUGACACAGUGCAGGAUCUUACAGUUGGAAUCCUUCCAUGGAGGGAACAGCUGGGAGCAAGGAGUGACAGGUGCACUGGGGAGACUGGGAUCUUCACAACUUUUCUUUCACAUCAGUCAUAUCAUAAGGAGGGAGGAACUCAGGACGAUACACAGCUGCAGUCUGAGCCACACACUCAGAUACGGAGAUUAACACGCCGGAGCUAUGGGGACAGUCAGUGAACUAUGUGUGUCCAGUUUUCAGACCUUCUUGUGCCCUGCUGUGAAGCCACUCGAGGAAGCUCCAGUGCCGGACGACCUCACUCCAGAGGAGCAGCAGGAGCUGGAGAAUAUCCGCCGGCGUAAGCAAGAACUGCUGGAGGACAUUCAGCGGCUGAAGAAUGAGAUAGCAGAAGUUACUAGUGAAAUUGAGAACCUGGGUUCCACUGAGGAGAGGAAAAAUAUGCAGAGGAAUAAACAGGUGGCCAUGGGCCGUAAGAAGUUUAACAUGGACCCCAAAAAGGGGAUCCAGUUUCUGAUUGAGAAUGACUUACUGAAGAAUACCAGCGACGACAUUGCUCAAUUCCUCUACAAAGGAGAGGGCCUCAACAAAACAGCCAUCGGAGAUUAUCUUGGAGAGAGAGAUGAUUUCAAUAUCAAAGUCCUCCAAGCCUUUGUGGAGCUUCAUGAGUUCACAGACCUCAACCUGGUUCAGGCGUUAAGACAGUUCCUAUGGAGCUUUCGGCUGCCAGGAGAAGCCCAGAAGAUCGACCGCAUGAUGGAAACCUUUGCUCAGCGCUACUGCCAUUGCAACCCUGGUGUUUUCCAGUCUACAGACACAUGCUACAUUCUGUCAUUCGCCAUCAUCAUGCUAAACACCAGCCUCCACAAUCCAAAUGUAAAGGACAAGCCAACCGUGGAACGGUUUAUCUCCAUGAACAGAGGCAUAAAUGAUGGAGGUGACUUGCCUGAAGAUCUGCUCAGGAAUUUGUAUGAGAGCAUCAAGAACGAGCCUUUCAAAAUACCAGAAGACGACGGCAAUGACCUCACACACACUUUCUUCAACCCGGACAGAGAAGGCUGGCUGCUAAAACUGGGGGGACGAGUUAAAACUUGGAAGAGGAGGUGGUUCAUCCUCACAGACAACUGUCUGUACUACUUCGAGUACACCACAGACAAAGAGCCAAGAGGAAUCAUCCCACUGGAGAACCUGAGUAUCAAGGAGGUGGAGGACAAGAAGCCUAACUGCUUUGAGCUUUUCAUACCUGACAGCAAGGACCAGGUGAUAAAGGCAUGCAAGACUGAGGCUGACGGACGGGUCGUGGAGGGCAACCACACUUUCUACCGCAUCUCAGCCCCCACAGCUGAGGAGAAAGAAGAGUGGAUGAAAAGCAUCAAAGCUGCCAUCAGCAGGGACCCCUUUUACGAGAUGCUGGCAGCCAGGAAGAAGAAGGUGUCAUCCAUGAAGAGACACUAGGGGCACUCGGCUCUCCGGACGUUGCAUUUGACAGAAUAAGGGGCGCGGGGUCUGUUUGCCCUUCCUGGGCCAUUGCAGAGGUCAUGACCGAGGUCUGCCUCUGACCUCCCCAAGGCUUUUCUCUAGGAUACACAACAGGUCUGACUUUUGGACUCUGCAGGCCAGAAAACAAAAACAGGAAAGCAUGCUGGGUUUUUAGAUAAGAGUCUGGGCUGAGCGCCUCCUCUAACCUCCUGUCUGAAUGUGUUGCUUUCUCUCUCAGCUUUGUAUGUGCUCUCUGUCUAUGAGACCGGAAGGGAGUGUUACUGUGCAACUCAGAGUCCCUUUUGAAGACGCUUUAAAACAACACAGUUCUCAUAUACACUGCAUACAUACGCAACAUCACAACAAGCAUACUUUCAUGGAGUCCUCCCCCGUCGCACACAUUGUUUUAACUCAGCAGGUCUGACCGAGUGUGGCACCCCAACCAGAAUAUUCCUCACUGUGUGGAAGAAAAGCGAAGAUCUUUUCUGACGUGCUUUAAUAUGUUUUGGUAAUACGUGUCUAUUUUUACAGCUUUUACUGUCAAGUCCUCUCGAGCCUUUUGUUGUUUGCUUUUGUAGAAUAAAAUGUUGUUGAGAUAGAAGCUGUAAAGGGGCUGCUAUGAGAGGGAGGGAGGGUUAUAAUUUGCCAACUGUUAGUGAUUUUUUUUUUUUAAUAGAAAAAAGAAAACAAACUUUUUAAAAAAAAAAAAAAGGAAAAAAAGUUGCCACUCAGGAGAUUGCUACCAUGUUCAGAGACUUUACAGGGCGGGUUGACUUGGAUCAUGUAAACAACUCAAGAGAUGCAUUCAAAGGAACGAAAGGCACGACGGAGGCCCGGGGUGAGCUGUGUUUGUAUGUGAAACUGCAGAGAAGGCGUCUGCUUGUCUGGGAGGGGAUGCAUCCCGGGGAUUAUGGGCCUGUCUAUUGCUUUGGGCUUUUGAGGUCUGAGGAUUGGGGGGGGAAAAAAAAAAGAAAAAAAAAGUCGGCCCAUUUUUCUCCCCCUCUUUGUCUCAUUUCGACUCUAAAACCAAAUCAUUAUAUUCCCGUAUCAUGCAAAAGUCAUUGAAAUGUCAGAAAACUUACUUUACUGCUGCACAGUGCCUGGUGCUCUAGAUGAAAUGUGAUGAGAAAUGCUGCUGGUUAGCAAAAGUAAUUUAGAUAUAUAUUUUUCUUCCUUUGUUCCACUCAUCCCACCUGUCACGCUUCUUUAGAGGUUUGCUUUUACUGUUAUAAUUAAACAACAUUUUCAGCACAGCCUCAUUCAUCGUUAUGUUUAAGACACACUGUAGUUUAUGAAUAUUGUUUUAAAGGAGCAGAAAUAAAAGUUUGUAUUAUAGAAACAGUCCAAUCCCUGUCUUAGUCCCUGUCUCAGGAUCCAGUGUUCCAGGUGAAACAAUACUGAAGAAUGUACUGUGGUGAACCAAAAUAUAUAUAUUUAUAGAUAUAUAUAUGUAGAGAAAGAGGGCAGAAUGGCUGAUUAGCGAUGCACCAAAAAAGCAAAAAAUAGUUUUGAGGGUACAGUUAAACAAAUAGGGUCUGAUUUGUACACCAAGCCAUCGUCUCGACUGCUCCACAGUUGUCUCUCAUCUCAUCUGUGCCUGCUGUCCCUAAUCCCACCCCCAGCCGUCCUGUUUCCUGGUCUCCUCCUCUCCUCUCUGCUCUUCCCAGCGCACUACUCCUAGAGGAUUAAGCAAAAAUGCAAAACAAUCAUAAUUCUAGACAGUAUUGGUUUAUUUAUCAAAGUUGUACAUAUUUAAAUGUAUAGUGGGUAUUGUGUUUCUAAUUUUGUUUAUUUGUUUUGCCAUUUUCCUUUGGCACUCUGUUAGAAUGACUGAGUUAAGGUUUCUAUCAAUGCCAUUUAACCAAGCUGUAAUAAAGACAGAAUUGUCACAAUGCUGA